AUGGCGGACGUCAGCGAAUGCGCCCUUGUACGCUGCUUAUGUUGCCCCUGUGAAUGUGCGCUCAACUUCUUUAUAUCACUGCUCUUGUUCAUCUGCUACGCUUCAUUCAUCGCUUGGAUCAUGGUCAUAUCCAACGACGUGAAAUUCCAAGUCUACGACGCUGAGCUGACACAUUUUAACCUCGAGAACAACAACACCAACCUCCAUUACAAUCUCACUUUGUACCUAUCCAUCCGAAACUCCAAGAGUAGUAUCGGCAUCCAUUACGACAGGUUUGAAGCAAACGUUUACUACAUGAACCAGCGGUUAGGAGCGGUUCCCAUGCCGUCAUUCCACCAGGGAAACAAGAACACGACGGCUCUCAAAGCAGUCCUUGAAGGCCAGAACCUAGUUUUAUUCGACGAUGAAGGACGCACCAAGUUUGAUGACGAUCGGAAGACUGGGGUUUUACAGAAUCGACGUGAAGAUGAGUAUUGGUUGUAG